GUUUGCCUUGAGUCUAAAGUCAGUUUGCUCCUUGAAAAUUCGCAGUAAGAAACGCAACGCUCCGCCAUUAGAAUGCUCUCCAGAAAGGAGCUGGUUGCCAUUAUCCUCAUGCUGGCGGCGCUCCUCUCGGUGCUAAAUGCCGCCUUCUUCGCCAACACUCUGCCCGUUCAUGUCAGUUACGAGCAGCUGCUGCAGCAGGUCGUCUGCGUGGGCACCGCCUACCUCUGCCUCCUGUACGCCCUGAGCACCUGGAUGUACCAUUCGAAUUUCUCCCGCACGCGCCAGCACAUGCGUUGCGCGCUGCUGCUAACGCUGCUGCUGCUGAUUGUGGCCAACCUGGUGGGUGCGAUUGCGCACAUGAAGCUGCUGUCCUUUUCCCAGUUCAAGGAAUCCACCGACAUCAGCGGUCUGUUCUCUCCGUUCGAUGUUGCCUGCAAGUCCGUCAGUCUGGCUCUAUCGAUUCUAACCGUCAUGCUGCUGCUCAUCGUCGUGAUGGCGGUCUUUGUGACGAUCAUUCGAAAGCACAAGAAGAGGAGCCUUCAGGUGCACAAGAGGGCAGCGGCACGCAGGUCCCAGCAGCAGGAACUGAAGCAGAAGCCCUAAGAGUGCAAAUAAAUUUUGGUUUUCAUGCAACGCCCAACAUUUCAUGUCGUUGCAAUGUGGCGCCGCCGUGGCAAUAAUAUAAAUAUUAUACGCAGACUUGAGACACACACAG